AUGUCUGAACACUUACCUAUAGAUCAAACCGUCUUUCCAGGAGACUUAAUAUGUCCCGAAAUCGGCUCUGAGAAGCAAGAAGACAAGCUUAUAAUCUAUAAAUAUACCCCAGGAAGAGGCUGCAGUUUGCAAAAAUAUAAAUACAAUCAACAUUCUCUAGAUGCGAUUGUAUCAACAGUGGUUGGUGUAGUAGAAACACAAGAAAUAGAACCCGAGACUACAGAAACAAAAGAGAAUAAUACGGUAACCACCGAAGGAGACACUGAUAGAACGGUGAAGUAUGUAGAGGUUCGAGUAGUUCCAAUACCGAAGGAUCUAGAAGUUGAGUACAAAUCAAACAAGGAUAAUAAUUUUGCGAAUAAUUUACCAAAAGAAGGAGAUGUUGUUCUUGCUAGAGUAACAAGAAUAUCGGCACAGAAGGUAAACGUUGAAAUAUUGGCAGUAGAGAAUGAACCAAUCCCUCUAGAUAGUGGUGUUGGUAGUAAUGGUGCUGGUAAAGUUGCACCAGGUGGUGGUUCUGGGGCAUCAACAUUUUCUGUAUCUCAGGCCUCUUCUGAUUUGGGAGAAACAUUCCGUGGUAUGAUCAGGUCACAAGACAUUAGAGCUACUGAAAGAGACAGAGUAAAAGUGAUAGAAUCCUACAAGCCUGGUGAUAUAAUCAGAGCUCAGAUAUUAUCAUUAGGUGAUGGGAAUAAUUAUUAUUUGACAACUGCAAGAAAUGAUUUAGGUGUAGUUUUUGCUAGAUCUGAUAAUGGCGCCGGUGGGUUGAUGUAUGCUGUGGAUUGGCAAACCAUGGUGUCGCCAUUUACUGGUGUACAAGAGAGAAGAAAAUGUGCCAAACCAUUUGAAUACGAAUAA